AGUUAGUUGGCGUUUUCUAACGCGCCUGUUUAAGUGACGGUGAAGUGUACAUUCCGGUUCCCAGCCAUGCUUUCAGCGUGUUUGACUUUCUGAAACCGUAUAAGGUUUCCAUCCAAAUAAUCUACAAGCCGUCAGUUGAUUUUAGGCCACAUUUUUAUGAAUCCCGAGCUGCUGUAGUGAUGAAGGAGCUGAUUGAGGACAUGCCGGACAGUGGGUACGGGUGCGCCGUGGCGAACCGCUUCGGCCGCCUUCUGGACGACGAGUCUGACCCUUUCGACCUGCUGUACCAGGCCCAGGUGAAAAACGAGAAAAGGAAGAAGAAAGAAGAGGUGAAAAAAGUCGUCACCUCGACUAAAGCCAGCAAGAAGGAGUCGCAGAGAGAAAGGAAGGCACUAGUUCGUGUCCCGGAUAAUACUGCGAACAAGGGAGGAGUGACUGGUCAGAAGCGUCCUCCUGUUCGUGCUGCCCCUGAGGAGCGAGGAGAAAAACACGUGGCCUUCAAUGAAGCCAAGUUCAGUGAGGGAGAAGUUUCUCUGGGCUACUCCAUUGAGAGGCCUGGAGAGCUUUUUGAUCGAGCAGCACGGGGAAGAGGAAGUGGACGGGGACGUGGGGUCCGAGGUGUCUGGUAUUCCAGAUCCGCUGAUGGUUUUGAUCCGAGGGGGAAACGGGAGUUUGAGCGACACAGUGGCAGUGACCGAGCGAGUGUUCGUCCAGAGGAGAAGAGGGGUGGCAGUGGACCUCGCAACUGGGGGUCUAUGAGAGACCAUGUUAGUGCAGUGGAUGAGGGAGCACCUGCUGAGGAGACUGGUGAAGGCGAGGAAGUAGCAGACACGGCAGAGACCGAUUUGGAAAAUGGACCAGUUGAGACAGAAGAAGUACUUGAAGUUGCUAUCGAGAUGUCGUUGGACGAAUGGAAGGCCAUUCAGGAGCAAAGUCGGCCAAAGGCUGAGUUUAACAUCCGUAAGGCAGAGACCAAGUUACCCGCCAAGGCUGUGGUGAUCCACAAGUCCAAGCACCUUAAGGAACGUGGCCUCGGUCUAAAUGAAGAGGACCUAGUCUGCCGACGCCCUGCCAACGACAUCACCUGUCAGAUGGACAUUAACUUUGGGAGUCUCGGGAGGCCUACUCGAGGGGGCCGAGGCGCACGUGGGGGACGAGGCCGUGGAGCUCCUGCCACCCAAAGAUCACCUCAGAAAGUUAGUGAAGUGGUCCCAAACCCUGAUGACCCGGAGGAUUUCCCAGCACUGGCUUGAUGGAAUCAGAUCGAGCCGAGCCAGCAGACAACUCAUGGGACUUGAACAGCACUUGAAGUUGUGUUUAAAAAAAAAAAAAAAAGAAAACGUAAAAGAUUAAACCCACAUUUAAAUUGAGUCUGUGACCUAUGCAUUUCUCUCAGUGGACUG